GAUCUAAAGCUGAAGACGUUUCUAUUCUAUUCUAUUCUAUUCCACUCAAGCAUAUUUUCCCAACAUCUAUUCUUGUAAGCCACCUUUGAAUGACAGCCGGUAAACAGUCCAAAUGGGUGUUGUCCAUUUAUCCACAUCUCUUUCCGUUGACUCACUUUCUAUAACUGCUUUUACAGCAAAACCAAAAUCAAUCUCAUUUUUCAGUACCCGCCGCCUAAAGCCUGUCUUUCCCACAAAAAAGGAUUCACUUUUCGCUGGUUUUAUUCUAAAAAUUGAAGCUUUGAACUCUAGAAGAAUAGCAGGGGAGAUGGAAAUUGAAAAGGGAAUUGGUGCAACCCAAAAAUCGAUUGUUGAUUUUCAAAGUAUUGAUGAAGGGUUGAUUCAAAAGAUGGCAUUCGAUGCUCUUGUUUGGAGUUCUCUUCAUGGCCUUGUUGUUGGUGACAGAAAUGUUCAGAGAUCUGGGCAAGUACCUGGGGUAGGCAUGAUGCACGCUCCGUUUGCUUUAUUACCCAUGUCAUUUCCAGAAUCUCAUUGGAAACAAGCAUGUGAACUAGCUCCAAUAUUCAACGAACUAAUCGAUUGUGUAAGUUUAGAUGGAAAGUUUCUGCAAGACUCACUAUCUAGGACAAAAAAAGUGGAUGCUUUUACCUCCAGACUUUUAGAUAUUCAUUCCAAGAUGAUAGAAAUGAACAAGAAAGAGGAAAUACGCUUGGGUUUACAUCGAUCAGAUUACAUGCUUGACGAGAAAACUAAAUUACUUCUCCAAAUAGAGUUGAACACAAUUUCAUCUUCAUUUCCUGGUCUUGGUUGUCUUGUGACUGACCUUCACAGGACUCUACUUAAUGACUAUGGAGAAGACCUUGGAUUAGAUUCUAAAAGGAUCCCUGGAAACACUGCAGUUGGUCAGUUUGCUGAGGCAUUGGCUAAAGCUUGGACUGAGUAUGAUAACCCCAGGGCUGUAGCUAUGGUUGUUGUUCAGACUGAAGAACGCAAUAUGUAUGAUCAACAUUGGCUUUGUACAGUGUUGAAGGAAAGACAUAAUGUGAGAACUAUUAGGAAAACAUUGGCUGAAAUUGAUAGAGAAGGCAAACUUCUACCUGAUGGCACACUUCUUGUAGAUGGCCAAGCAGUUGCAGUUGUCUAUUUUAGAGCAGGCUAUGCGCCAACUGAUUAUCCUUCAGAAUCAGAGUGGAGAGCUAGAUUGCUAAUGGAGCAGUCGUCAGCUAUCAAGUGUCCAUCAAUAGCAUAUCAUUUAGCAGGAACUAAGAAGAUUCAACAAGAACUUGCAAAACCUAAUGUACUUGAGAGGUUCCUCGAGAACAAAGAGGAUAUUGCCAAACUGCGAAAAUGCUUUGCUGGAUUAUGGAGUUUGGAUGAUUUGGACAUCACCAGAAAAGCAAUAGAAAAACCUGAGUUAUUUGUCAUGAAGCCCCAAAGAGAAGGAGGAGGGAACAAUAUCUAUGGUGAUGAUGUGAAGGAAACCCUUCUACGAUUGCAGAAGGAAGGGUCUGAACAAGAUGCUGCUUAUAUACUUAUGCAGAGGAUUUUCCCCACUGUUUCGCCCACAUUUUUUAUGCGUAGUGGCAUUUGUCAUAAAGAUCAUGCCAUAUCAGAGCUUGGGGUAUACAGUGCUUACUUAAGGAACAAGGAGAAGGUUAUCAUGAAUGACCAAUGUGGUUACUUGAUGCGGACCAAGAUAUCAUCAUCAAAUGAAGGUGGGGUUGCAGCCGGAUUUGCAGUCUUAGAUAGUAUAUAUUUGACUUAAUGAACUGAGCUUCUUGGUUGCCAUUGAUUUUACAUAUACAUCCAAACAGUUACUGCUGAUUUAUUUACAUGACACCCAAUUUGGCAAAUCAAUGUUCGUCGAUAUCUUGAAACAGCUUGAAGAGCUUUUCAAGUCUUGGCUCACGGAAAAAUCUGUGGAUUUCAUUUCCUUUCCCCGUAACUAACAAUGUCGUAAAAUGGGUCGUUAUACUACUGGUUUUCAGUCAUUGGAACACAACUUCUGUGAUUGCAAACCCCUUCAUAGUUUUCUUUGCUUUAUUUUCUUUAUCUGAGCAAUAACUGAAUUAUCUUUUACUUUCAUCUGAGCAAUAACUUUAUUGGAUAUUGAUAUCAGAAGCCGACUGUAAUGCUAAUAUUAGAUGUAUUGGCCCUCUUUCCAGCCUUACAAUGGAAAUCGUUUUUUUUUUUUUCUUUUAAUUUCUUUGAUGACAUUUACUCCGAAGUUGCAUGUUCUAGGUAUGCCUAAGUGGUAAGAAACAUGGCUUUUCAUCGAAAACAAGGUUCCAAGAGAAAACUGAUGUUGUGGACUUGAAUAAAUUCAAAUAGAUUUUGAAACCGUCUCGUCAGUCGAGGCAAAGUAGCCUUUGCUGCGCAAGUGUGAUUGUUAGUCGGCGACGUGGCUAGACGCCAUUCAUUAGGCCGGGAAGAGAAAUUGUAGGCGAGCUUGGUCUAAUCAUACACCAGAAAGGUCUAUUUGGGAGUAUCAUCCUGGUUGAAAUAAGCUAGAUACAUGAGAUAAAUUUGUGUUUGAAAAGUGUUGUCAUGGGAAAAUUAGUUUUAAAAACUGUUAUUAAUAAAUUUAAAGGUGUCAAAUGGAUCAUGUUGAGUCAGUAUAACUCAUUUAAAUAUGAAUUCAAAUGUUAAUAGAUUAUGUCAGCUUGGUAUUAUUUUUUAUUAUUGAAAAUUAAAAUAUCAUAAAUGGAAUUUUAUUUG